UCAGCUUCAGGUCGACUGUAGCAGAAGUGUGUGUGAGUGUGUAUGAGUGUGUGUGUCCCAUGCUGUCCACUAUCAUGACCUCUCCGUACUUUGUGCGCAGCAGGUCUGUCUCCACCCGGAGAGGAAAUCUGCCGUGCUCGUCUCUCGGGUCCAAACUCGGCAGAACCCCGGUCCCGGUUCCGUCUGACGAGGUGAAGCAGGAAGAGACAGAAAUCGAACUCUCAGCUCACGACACUCAUGGAUCUUCUCAGCAGGCCACGAAACCCGAGGCCUCCCCACAGCGAGCUCAGGGCCGCAGGAGGAGGCGGCUGAAGGUGGAAUACGACGACGACGCCGACGCCGUCCCAUCGGCGAAGACGGAGCGCUGGCGGCCUCCGCAGUGGGAGAAACAGCUGGAAUUGAUCCGUGAGAUGAGGAAGGGACGCGACGCCCCCGUAGAUAAGAUGGGAGCGGAGAAGUGCUACGACUCUGAGGCUCCUGCCCACGUGAGGCGUUUCCAGGUGCUGGUGUCUCUCAUGCUGUCCAGUCAAACCAAGGAUCAGGUGACGGCGGCGGCCAUGCAGAAGCUCCGAGCUCAUGGAUGCAGCGCAGAAAACAUCCUGGCCACUGAUGACGAGGAGCUGGGGAAACUCAUCUAUCCCGUUGGCUUUUGGAGGAAUAAAGUGAAGUAUCUGAAGCUGACCUCAGCCGUGCUGCAGAAGGACUUCGGGGGAGACAUCCCCGACAGCGUGGAGGGGCUGGUCCGCCUCCCGGGAGUCGGACCCAAGAUGGCUCACCUGGCCAUGGACAUCGCCUGGGACCAGGUGUCCGGCAUCGGUGUGGACACGCAUGUGCAUCGCAUCUCCAACAGGCUGGGCUGGCUCAGAAAACCGACUAAAAACCCCGAGGAGACGCGUAAGGCCCUGGAGGAGUGGCUGCCGAGGGAGCUCUGGAGCGAGAUCAACUGGCUGCUGGUGGGUUUUGGACAGCAGGUCUGCCUUCCCAUCAGCCCUCUCUGCUCUUUAUGUCUGAACCAGCGCAGCUGUCCGUCCGCCUUCCAGAGCUCUCCUCCCAAGAGGCCCAAACCUGGAUCUCCGCCUGCAGCCUCCUCCUCCUCCUCCUCCUCCUCCUCCUCCUCCUCCUCUCGGAUAAAAACCGAACCGGGAUCAGAUGAAAUGAUCAAGAGGGAGGCGUCGACCUCACAGGCACGAAAGUUAAAAAGUAAAGUGUCCUGAACUUUACAGUUGAAGUUUUGUCACAUCUGGACACGUUCAUGUUUAGAGACACUAAAACAGACAUUUAAGCUGAAGAUGUUCGAGUAUUUUCACUGGUGGCAUUGAUUUCAAACUGUUCAGGCAAGAUAUUCUAUUUUUCUACUUUUAGUGCUGUUUUUUAUUAAAUGAAUAAAAUAUAUGUG